UUUCCUCACCGACCUUUUCCCAUCGCGAUCGAACAUUCGAAUCGAGAUCGAGGUCGAGAUCGAAAUCGAAUCUCCUUUCGCCAGGUCGAAACCCUACCCACCGAGAUCACCGGCGAGCAACCUGAGCGGAAAUGGCGACCGCCAUGGCCGCCUCCGCCUCCGCCUCCUCCUCCUCCUACUCCUUCCGCUGCCAUCACCAUCCUUUGUCAGACCCACGGUUCCCCCCGCCGAGCCGUUCGCCGGCUUCCCUACUCGCUAGGGCCCGAUGGGUCCUCAUGGACCGCAGGGCAAUCGCGUGCCAUCGUUCAGAUCUCAACCUGCUUCCGUUAUCUUCUACGGCGGACACGUUCGAGGGUGACCUCAACGUAUCGCUAAUACUCCGGGAUCCUCCUGUCCUGUCCAUGGCACUUGUUGCCCACCCUGAUGUGGACCAAGCGCAUCGAGCGGAGGACCCAGUGAUCCGGAUGCGCGGGGAACACCCAACCCGAUGGCCGACGGUGGUCGCAGCAGACGGGGACAGAAUACUGGUGCAGAUCCCUGGCGGAGGCAAUGCCCGUCUUCUUGUGUUGACAGCUUAUGCGGGGUAUGCCUCGCUAUACUCCCUGCCACCCUGUGAUCCAUCCCGUCCCGUGGCUGGACCGGAGACUGGCUUGAUCUCCCGUGGCGACGAGUACGCUGUGGCUUACAUGGAACCGCCACAUAAGAGCCACCCCAGCAUCGGCUUCGAGGACCUGGUGGUGGUCAGAGUUUUCCAUUCGACAGCUGGGGAAUGGGAGCCGAAGACCCUGCCAUGGCCCUCCCGUGGCGAGCUGGACGAUGCUUUCGCAUGGCUAUUCGAUUCUUGUCUGGCUAUGCAGGAUGGCCUUCUCUGGGUUGAUUACAGACAUGGCUGCCUCUUGCAGUACGAUGUGUUCAGUGACGACGCUACAAUGCACAGGAUAGAGCUUCCUCCCAUGGCACCUGGUACAGAUUUAGAUGCUUGGAAGAUGAGAAGCAUGACUGUCACUGCAGGAGACAGGGUCAAGCUUGUCCACGUCCAGAGGAUGACUGAUAUGACCUGUGAGAUCUCAGUAUGGCUGCUUGACAACUACGGGUACACGUGGUCAAGGGAGAAAUUAUUGAGUAUGAACUUUGGGCCGGAAGUUCCAUGUUUUCCGAUUCUUGGAGGGGGGGAUGCUCAAAUGCUCUGUUUGGCAGUCCCGCAUGGACAAGGUGUCACCCAUAUUUAUGCAGUUAAACUGGAUGACGCAACACUUCUUGGGCGACAUAAAUAUGAUGGGAUUGUAUGGAAUCUUGGCUGGAAUACUCCCUACCUCAGCAGUGAGAUUGCUGGGCAUAUUGCCGACACACCAGUUCCACAUCCUGUUCAUCAUGGACCUGAUGCAUACCAGUUUGUGAGGUUGGACCCUGGGGCCUCGCGAACAAAGGCCAAGAUUGACUAAGCCACCAAGGUGUUGAAGAUGAAGGCACUACAACUGCUGCAGCCUGCUACUGAAUUGGCCAGCCCAAGACUAUUGCUUUUUUGCCACUAGCAAAUUGCACCAUGAUGUAAUGAUGAUCAACUGCAUGCUCUGCCAUUGGCGUGUUGCCGGCAGCAGUGAAACUUUCAACCCACCCAUAUACACUUGUUGCCAGCGAGGUGGUUUCAAAUGGUGGUAACCCCAAGAUGUGGUGGUUAAUGUGUUUCCUUAGGAAUUAGCAAUACAAAGAUUUGACUUGUUCUGUGGUUUGCAACCUCACUCUUGAAAAGUUGCAAAGAAUUUGCUCUUCUGAUGUCA